UUUAGAUUCUUGGUACCCAAAUAUCGUCUGAGUAAUUUUUCAUACUUGUCGGAAGCCAAACAUUGGGUCAUACCCUGAAUCACUAAAAAGCGAUAAUUCAUUCGUUUAUACUUCCAAAUUGUACCAAAAAUGACUAUUGAAACAACAAAAACCUUAUGCGCCGGUGUUGAUUGCCAUAAUUUUGCGAAUAAAUUGCAAUGUCCAAAAUGUUUAGCCAACAAUACUAGCUCAUUCUUUUGCGGACAGGAUUGUUUUAAAAACAGCUGGUCCAUCCAUAAGCAACUACAUCUUCCCCCGGGCACUGUUAAAAGAGAAGAUGGAACUUACGACCCUUUCCCUAAAUUUAAGUAUAGUGGUUCCAUGAGAGCUAGCUAUCCUCUUUCUCAAAUUCGUAAAGUUCCAUCGAAUAUUAAGAAGCCUGAUUAUGCCAAAUCAGGUUCCUCUCGUAGUGAACAAAUUGAAGGACGCAGUUUCAAAAUCAAGCGUCUCUCUCCUGAAGAACAAGAAGGAAUGCGAAAAGCAUGUCACCUUGGUCGUGAAGUACUCGACAUUGCUGCCGCUGCUGUUCGACCUGGUGUCACCACGGAUGAAAUUGAUCGUAUAGUUCACGAAGCUUGUAUUGAACGUGAAUGCUAUCCCAGUCCUUUAAAUUACUAUUCCUUUCCAAAGAGUGUUUGUACUUCCAUAAACGAAAUCAUAUGUCAUGGUAUUCCUGAUUUGAGGCCUUUAGAAGACGGAGAUAUCAUAAACUUGGAUAUCUCUGUAUACCACAACGGGUUUCAUGCAGAUUUGAAUGAAACUUAUUACGUCGGUGACAAGGCAAAGAGUAAUCCUGAGCUUGUUUGCCUUGUUGAAAACACUCGAAUUGCUUUGGAUAAAGCAAUUGAGGCAGUCAAACCAGGUGUCAUGUUCCAAGAGUUUGGCAACAUUAUUGAGAAACAUGCAAAGUCCGUUACUGAAACCAACCUCUCAGUCGUCAGAACAUAUUGUGGACAUGGAGUUAACCAACUUUUCCAUUGCGCCCCUACUAUUCCUCAUUAUGCUCGUAACAAGGCUCCAGGUAUCGCUCGCCCUGGUAUGACAUUCACCAUUGAGCCAAUGUUGACUUUAGGCCCUGCCAGAGACAUCACCUGGCCAGAUGACUGGACUUCAUCAACUGCCUCUGGUAAGUGCUCAGCCCAAUUUGAGCACACUCUUCUUGUUACUGAGACUGGUUGUGAAGUUUUGACCGCUCGUUUGCCCAACUCACCCGGCGGACCCUUAAAAUAGAGUAAUUAACAGAGAACUGUGUAAAAUGUACAAUUGUGGAUUACUUUAAUAACAAAAAAUAAAUAUCUUAUACAAAAACAUAGGAAAGUUUAUAUAAGGAG